GAGACGGAGGAGGCGUGGCCGGUGGUGGAUCUGAAGGGUAGCGGGUACCUGGCAUUGCCGCGUCUGGACAGCGAGGUGACUGCGAUCCGCCUGGAGGUGUGGGGUGCUGGCGCGCGCCCCCCACGGCAUGCUCCUCUACGCCGCCCAGGGCCCCGCGCGCCGAGGGGACUUCCUCAGCCUUAACCUGGCUGGGGGCUUCCUUCAGUUUCGCCUCCACGCAGGCUCCAGUAUGGUGAACCUCACUACGGCGGCGGCGUUGCGGCUGGAAGCGUGGCACCGGGUCAAGGCCACGUGGGAGGGUGGGCGUGCCACUCUCCAGGUGAACGACGAGCCCCCUGUCACCGCCUCCACCCCAGGCCCUCCGCAAGUCCUCCACCUCAAUACUCCUGUUUACCUGGGCGGGUUUAAACUAUGGUACCUUGUCAAUCGUGAGUCUGGCAUUCUGGUGGGGCUAGACGGCGCGCUGCAGAGACUCCUGGUGAACGACGUAGUGUACCCGAGACUGACGGAGGCGGCGACGGAGCAGCGGGACGUGGGGCUGUAUGUGGGGCCGCCCUGCCACCCUAACCCGUGCUUCAGCGGCGGCCUCUGCGUCCCCUCCCUCGGCAAUUUCUCCUGCCGCUGCCCCGUCAUGUUCGCCGGGAAACUCUGCCAGAAAAGUCUGGUGGGCGUCAGUCUGGACCAACCCAUCCACUUCGACGGCUCCACUUCCGUCCUCUACCCCGGCCAGCUGGCGCUCAAGUCCAACAAGAGCGGCCUGCACGUUCCCUGGAGCCACCCUGACUAUGACUACCUGGAGUACGACGAGGUGGAGCAGCAGCUACUGGAGGAGGCGCACCAGAAAGUCGAUGGCGUGCAGGAGAGAGUUCACGGGCGGCCUCAUGGGGUGCUGGAGGUGAGCUUCAGGGCGGAGGACGGCACAGGGCUACUGCUGUGGGCGGGGCGCGGGCGGAGCGGUCGUGGUAAGGCGUGGGAGUACCUGACGCUGGCUCUCGUGGACGGCUUCCCUCAGCUCGCCCUCAACCUUGGCCGCUCCAGGAAACCCUUCAUCUUGACAGCCACGGGCGCGGUGGACGACGGCUCGUGGCACGUAGUGAGGAUAACGAGGCGGUGGCGGCGGGCGCUGCUUAAGGUGGACAACCACAGACCAGUGAGAGGCAAGGUACCCAGGGGCGCCUCCUCUCUGCACACGGACGGCAACCUGUGGCUAGGUGGGCUGAGGUGGGUGCCGCCUCAACUCCCUCCUGGCUUCCACUGGGGCUUUCGUGGGUGUGUGGAUCGCCUGCUUGUGGAUGGGAGAGAAGUGCAUCUAGUGCAUCACGCAGCCUCGCCAAGACUUCAAUUUUGCCAGUCUCUCAGCUAACAUUCCUCCUCCUCCUCCUCCUCCUCCUCCUCCUCCUCCUCCUCCUCCUCUUCCUCCUACUUUUUCUCUUCUUUUUUACGUCUUUCUCUUCCUUUCUUUCCUACUCCUCCUUGCCUCUUUCUAUCUGUUAUCUCUCUCUCUCUCUCUCUCUCUCUCUCUCUCUCUCUCUCUCUCUCUCUCUCUCUCUCUCUCUCUCUCUCUCUCUCUCUCUCUCUCUCUCUCUCU